UCCUCGGAGUGGAUGGGAGUUCGUCGGCGUGAAAGUUCAGAGCCGUCCGAAAGACGCAUGCGCGCCGAUGGGUUGGUUGUGUUUAUAACCGGGAAUGGCUAGUAAAGGGAGGAGGGGGAUAACGUGGUUUCUUGGCGGGCUUCCGACAGUUACGCACCCAGCAUAUGCUUUUUAGGUUUCAAUAAUGUGACUGCUGAGAUCAUCAUGUCUGCUCUCUGUCCUCCUCCUUCUCCUGCUGUUGCCAAGACAGAAAUUGCACUAAGUGGAGAAUCCCCUUUAUUAGCUGCCACAUUUGCAUAUUGGGAUAAUAUUCUUGGUCCCAGAGUCAGACAUAUUUGGGCUCCAAAAACAGAGCAACAGCUUCUCAGUGAUGGAGAAAUAACAUUCCUUGCAAAUCAUACUCUCAAUGGAGAAAUACUUCGAAAUGCAGAGAGUGGCGCAAUAGAUGUGAAGUUUUUUGUUUUAUCUGAGAAAGGAGUCAUUAUUGUGUCCUUAAUUUUUGAUGGAAAUUGGAAUGGAGACCGAAGUACAUACGGAUUAUCAAUAAUACUUCCACAGAGUGAGCUUAGUUUCUACCUUCCCCUGCACAGAGUUUGUGUUGACAGAUUGACACACAUUAUAAGGAAAGGAAGAAUAUGGAUGCAUAAGGAAAGACAACAUUUCCAGAAGUCUAUUAUGGAAGGUGCAGAAAGAGUGGAAGAUCAAGGCCAGAGUAUCAUUCCAAUGCUGACAGGGGAGGUAAUUCCUGUGAUGGAACUCCUAUCAUCUAUGAAAUCACACAGUGUUCCAGAAGAAAUAGAUAUACGUGAUACUGUGCUUAGUGAUGAUGACAUUGGUGACAGUUGUCACGAAAGUUUCCUACUUAAGGCCAUAAGUUCACAUCUGCAAACCUGUGGUUGCUCAGUUGUUAUAGGAAGCAGUGCAGAAAAAGUUAAUAAGAUAGUACAGACACUGUGCCUCUUUCUCACGCCAGCAGAGCGAAAAUGUUCUCGCCUUUGUAGAAAUGAAACAUCUUUUAAGUAUGAGUCAGGUCUAUUUGUGCAAGGGUUACUGAAGGAUGUGACUGGAAGCUUUGUGUUGCCUUUCCGUCAAGUGAUGUAUGCCCCGUACCCUACCACGCACAUAGAUGUAGAUGUUAACACAGUGAAACAGAUGCCUCCAUGCCAUGAACAUAUUUACAAUCAACGACGGUACAUGAGAUCUGAACUAACAGCAUUUUGGAGAGCUACUUUGGAUGAAGAAAUGCCUCUAGAUACCAUCAUCUAUACGGAUGAAAGUUUUACUCCUGACUUGAAUGUUUUCCAAGAUGUUCAGCACCAAGAUACUUUAGUAAAAGCUUUCUUAGAUCAGGUCUUUCAUUUGAAACCUGGAUUGUCUCUAAGGAGUGUGUUCCUUGCACAGUUCCUCUUAGUCCUUCACAGAAAAGCCUUAACUCUCAUCAAAUACAUCGAAGAUGAUACGCAAAAAGGAAAAAAGCCUUUUAAAUCUCUUCGUAACUUGAAGAUAGAUCUGGACUUAACAGCAGAGGGCGAUCUUAACAUAAUAAUGGCUUUUGCCGAAAAGCUCAAACCUGGUUUACAUUCGUUUCUUUUUGGUCAACCUUUUUAUACCAGUGUGCAAGAACACGAUGUCCUAAUGUCAUUUUGAAGACCUUUCAAUAUGGGCUGGUUGCAGCCACAUAAUACUAUUUGAAAAGUUUUUGUAAAGGGAAAAUAAUGCUUUUUUUCGUAAUCACAUGCUGCUCUCCACUGCAAGUGAAUGUAAGUUUACACUACAGCCUGUAGAAUGAAGAGGGAAAAGAAUUUGCUUUCAAAUCUAUUCAACUUAGGCAGGCUCAGAGGCUCUAUUUUGCUCAUAGUAAGAAACAAUAUCAUUACGUGCGGUCAGAAUGCUAACUGGAGCUUUCAAAACCAUAAAGCAACAGAAAUGUUUUAAAAUAGUUUUUGUUAGAGCACAAAGAUAGUUUUUGUUAGAGCGUUAUCAUUUUUGUUCUUGCUUUUGGCAUUGGGCAGAAUGAGACAGUCAUCCCUUCUCUAUUUUGAGAUACUAAACUACAAACAAGUGACACAUGCUGACACUGCUUUAGAUAGUACCAACUUACUUCCUUCUGUCACACUUUUCAACAGCUCCUAGAAAUUGGAUGUUUGGAUGUUUAUUAUACUUGUAUGUGGCAUUAUCUAUUUAAAUAUAGCUAUAAAACAUUGUGCUUAGAAAAGUCACUUAGUUGGAAUUGGACAUGAUCCUGGGGAGUAUUUUAAAAUUAGUAAAGUAUCACCAAUCAUACUAGUGCUCAGCGAAUCUUCUCUGUUGCUGGUAUGUUAGCACAGAUGUCACACUGCUUAAUGACUGACCACAGUUGUACGUAGAGAACAAAGCAAAUACAAAAGCUAAGCUUUUGCUAAAGCGGGUUUAAGUAACUCUCUUGUGUUCUGAAUGAAAGCCAAAUAAAUAUGCUUAUUCUAUAUUUAUAAAUUGAUGGAUGGUAACAAAAUUCUGCUUUUUUUCUUAAAUGACAUUAGCUUCCACUUGUUUUGUACAUGUCGUCUUUGUGUCUGCAUGGUAUUGAAUAUUUAUAUUGAUUUUAUUAUGCAGGUUUCAUAAAGUAAAAAAUCUGAAUGUCUGCUGUUACAUGUUUCAGUGCAUUUAUUAUUUAAUUAUAGUGAAGAGAAGAUGCCAAAGGCGGAUAUAUUUAUGUGCAAUAUGUAUGUGUUUAAUAUGAUUUAGGAAAUGCACUUGUCAAGGUUUAAUGCUGUUUUCAGCAUUCCAUAUAUGAACUGGUGCUCUCAUGGAAUCUUAGUCAUUUUUCUUCAUCAAUUUAUCAGUGAUGACUGAAAUGAAUACUUAAUGUUUUAUAAAAAGUUUUCCCCACUAACCUUUACAUCUUGUGAGUUUUAAACUUUUCCUGUUAAGGAAAUGAACAAGGCAGUCUCUGUCAAUCUCUGGAUGUUGUGGUUCCCUAGAUCUCUGAACCUGCUUUUUUUUCUAAAAUGAUGUACUAUUUCACAUUGAGAAAGCUAUCAAAGCAUAACUUGAUUGGGGGAGGGAGGAGGUAGAAGAGAAAGCUUCCUUCCUUUUAACAAUAUAUGGAAUAAUCCUAAAGUAAAUGCUAAAUAACUUGAUGUUAAGAAUACAUUUUAUCUCAGAUUAAAUAGUUUCAGGUCAUGGUUAUGCUCACCUAGAAUUAAGAAAUCAAAUAGUUCAGUAUUUGAAGCUACUGUACAACUAUAUGUGGUGUUCUUCAUUCACAAAUCAAUAAAUGGAGAAUAUUGAAAAUAACAAGAGGUGGUAGACUUGUAGCUCUCUAAGUCGAACACUAACUCCAAAAAAUUUACUAGUGAUACCCAGGAGUAAGGAAUUCUAGAAGUUGUACAGCCACACUUGAAGCUCUGAUCACUUACUCUGCUAGUAAGUAUUUGUUUUUUUCUGGUAGAACAUUGGCAAAGUAAAUAUUCAAGGAGAACUACAGGUAAAUUAGAAGUUUACAUUUUCAGAAAAAUCUUGUGAUAGUUCCAGGGGUUAGCUUAAAAUAAGUGCAUGCAACUGCAUCUCACUGUUGAAAUUAUCAUUAGCUAAUUCAUUAUCUUAAUCAGUAUUCACUGUUGUUCAUGCAUUCAGUUUAAUUCGUCUGCGAUAGACCUUGGAAAAAAGUAUCUGGCCUUUUCACUACUGGUUUGAGGAGGGGUUUGUAGUUCUAAACAUCUGAUAGGCACAGGAUUAAAAAAAUGUUGAUCUAAACUCGAUGCAUUGUAGGUUUCUAUGUAUUUUUCAUGCUUUCAGUCUUUCAAAAAAAUGCAAGAAUAGAUGAACCCAUUAUUUCCUAAGUCAUUAAAUGACACUUUGAAAGAUGGCGUACAACAUUUAAUUUUGUUUCAAUAGUUUACAUAGUUUUACAUUCUUCUGAAUAUGUAUACAAGAAUGUUACCACACUCAGUCCACAUUAUUCAAUCCUAUGUCUAACUGUAUCAUGAUGUAUUUUGACCAAUACAACUGGAAUUACAAAAGGAAAAAAAAAUGCAAUAUCAUCUUUAUUCAUUCUAGAAUGUAAAUAGUAAAAUACUAAAAACUUA